AUGGAUCUUACCACUUUGAGUCCUGCUCACCAAUUCCCCACUCGGCCCCGGCUUGCUGGAUCACGUUCGCCAUCACGGUCGCCCUCUCGGCGAAAAAACUUCACACAACAGGAGUCGAAUCCUUUGCUCUCCGAUUUAUCGCCUUCAUCUACGCUGGAAGCGCUACAGGCUAGUGACCAUGUGCGAAUAGAAGGCAAGGCCGGCAAGAGCUUCAUCCAGGAAAGCGUUGCAUCUGCGUCUAUAUCAGAAAGAGCAUGGGGGAUCAAGGCUGCGCUGGCUGGCAAGAAGGUACGGGAAUGGUAUGCAGAGAUUGAGGGAUGGGUAUGGCCUGGUUUUGAUCAGCCACCAUUGGAGGAACCGGCCAAGAGAAGAGCUCAAUAUCACCUAGAGGGUCACCUCGAUAGCAGUUCGUCCGCAGAGGCAAUGAGAUCAAACGGAAGCAACAUCGAGAAGCAGACUGUACGGACUCUAUCUCCGAACCUGGUUCAAGAGUACGAAGAGCGUGUUGGGAUGAUCAGAGAUGAUAUGGAGGCAUUGGAGAUCGAGGAUCUGAAAGACUACGUGCUUAAUACCCACUUCAAAGGCGGCUCGAGGCGAUCCUCCCUGCAAAGUCUUGCACUUGCGACAGAUUAUGACCACCUCGCCGACUUUACCACAGUCAUCACUGCCACCAUUGUGCAGGCUCUGCCUACUAUCUCACGGUUGGAAACGCUGCUGAACACUUGGUCAACACGAUUGCUAGUCCUGCGACAAGUUCCGUCCUUCCUGACAGAUUUAGACGCCGGCCGUGAGUCGAUGGUUUCUGCGUCGAUCGCGAUCGAUGCUCACGAUGCCCAACACACAAGGCGGAGAUCGGACUUCUCGCCGAAAGCUUUCUCAGACAUCCGAGCUGUUCUGAAAGACCAAAUCGCGGAACUGGGGCAAAGGCUGGACAGAAUGCUUGAUCUUGUAGAAGGUAGCGCAGACACUUUACCUGAUGCCUGGGUCGACAGCUUGGACAACAUGGAAAAUGAAUACAGCGCUUGGGUCGUGAAGGCUGAACAGCUGGCGAUGAGCAAGGAAUUUGGGGUUGGAAGGCUAGAGAAGGACUAUACGCAGGAUCACAGAGAUGAGGUUUUGGAUUCGGAUACGUCGCUGGAUAUUUGUGCGCAUUUCGAUGAGACCGGACGGCGAGCUGACAGCGACUUUGAUAUGACACAGGAAACUCCUGUGGAGACUGUGGAGUCUGAGAAGUCUGAGAACGCGGUCGCUGAAUCUUCCACCAAGCCUUCUACUGGACCGUUUGAUCUCAAGUCUUUUCCGUCGAGAGGCGCAUUGCUUGAACAAGGUCUUGACAAAGCUCGAUCGCAAGGACCAGAAGUAAACAGUGUCGACGGUCAAUCAUUGAAUGGACUUUCGGACGGACCAAAGACACCUUCAUUGCCUAGUAGAUCAAGUCAUAGACCUACUCCUCUGAUGCUUACCGGCUCAAGAGCAAAUGUAACGACGCCCGACUCUCCAGACGCUGCUUCAGAUACUUCUGGCUCGGGAUCGGCAACUUCGAACUAUUCUUCCACUAAGUCAAGCCCGGAGAUCCAAAGCGCGGUAGUCGCAGAGUACAUGGGCUCUCCUGUCAAAGUCACAAGCCCUAUGUCAAUGAAUAGAGAACCUAUGACACCAUUAGACAUUUCCUUCCGGAGGCAGGGUCACCCGGCAGAGGGUGAUGGGGCCAGGAGUCAUCAGGACGGCUCACUUUCAGACCUCGUUUCCACGAAUAAACGGCGCAAUGGAGGCUCAGGGCAUGUCAGAACCAGGAGUGCUUCACUUCAGUCCUUCGAAAUCGUCCCAAAACACGAGAUCCGCAGGAUUCAAGUACAAAGAACUGGGAGUUACUCUUCAGCGUUCUCGCUAUCAGAUCCAGAGUAUAUUCAGGUGCAGCCGAGCAGAGUGCCUGCCUCCUCCGCUCCGCAACAUGGAGAACCAGAGGCCUUAUGUACUACCACACCACUGUCAACCUCUAGAAAGGUAAAGGGUCACCAAUCGUCAGCACCCGCACAGAAUCUAGAUCCGGGACUUGACAUGCCCAAGCAACCACCUCUCUAUCGCCCACCGCCACCCGUUUCCGUAAACCCGUCCAUGUCAGCACCAAGCUCAGACCGGGAGUUCCGCACGCCUAAGCAACAACUUCCAUACCAUUUACCGCCUGCUGUGUCCCCAAGACCUGCUGACCCGCCACAGAAUCUAUAUUGGGAGCUCGACAUGGCUGAGCAUCCAACUCCAUACCACUCACCGCCACCUGUUCCCCCAAGAUCUACCCACAGAUUCGAACAAGUAUCUGACCUAGGUCCGGGCUCUAUGCCCGUAAAGAUACGGCAGAUGAAGAUGAGCGAUCCAAUUGGCGGCCACGCUGCUAAGCAUGUUGAGACACCACGAACGGCACUAGGCUCGUCCCCAAGCAAAUUUGAUGAUCGACUCGAAGAACGUAUCAGCUCCAUCUUGACCGAGCUCCCAACGCAAAUCCGCCUAACGUCUGGGCCCGAGCCUGAUGCUCCCGAAGUCACUCGCUUCAACUCUCCUUCAGAUCCGCGACUGCCCAAAAGCGGCUCGCCUGCUUGGCGACUGAAGAGAACUCAGACAUCGACCCCACUGCCGUCGAUGACCCUAGCACCUGCGCAGCCAAAGAGCUCCCAGUCACGAUCACUGACUGGUGAGCCAGAUAUAAAGCUAUACCAUCUGCAUCAGAACGGCAAGACUGCUCCUAUCAAACUUUUCGUUCGACUCGUCGGCGAAGGAGGUGAACGCGUCAUGGUGCGCAUUGGAGGUGGUUGGGCUGAUCUGGGCGAGUAUUUACGAGAAUACGCUGGUCAUCAUGGUCGACGAUCAGUCUCAGAUAACCCGUUCGAUAUAACGGGGCUUCCAACGUCUUCGCCACUGAUCAACAACCAAUCGCCCCGUAGCAGACCUGGAAGUAGACCAGCUUCUCCCACAUCAUCACUGAAGCAAAGUCCGGCCAAUAGGCUUACAAGGCAGCAUACAUCUCCAGCGAUAUUCAACGGACCCCAUACGCCUCAAUCGGAUCCUUCUUCUCGAACCUCACCGCUGUUCUCAUGGGCAGGUACAGAAGAAGUCUCUCCGUCUCUUGGUCUUGCAGGGCCUAAGACAAAGAACGUGGACAUCUCGCCUAGCAAGCAGGCGUGGGUAGAUGAGAUGAUGGAGCAAGCGAGGAACAGCGGUGCGGAGAAGAAAGGCGGCAGCGAAAGCGUAGUGGGAGAGUUGGGCAAGGUGGGAGCGACGAAGAGGGUGUUUCUCAAAAGAAGAAAAGAGGGCUGA